GAAACUGAUAACUGAAACUAAUAUCUAUAUAAGGAUUUGGGUGAUAAGGCAUUGAACCAAAGAACCAACCAAAGGGUUUUAAAAAGCAAGAUUUUUUUUAUAAUCCAUGGAAUAUUUUCGCUAAAGAUUUCAAAGGGCUUUCGACCUAAGUCGACCCCUUGAAUCAUGAGCGCAUCUUCGAAAGGCCUUUCUAUGUGAAUUUCGUGUAUUCCUUCCCAGUUUCUGAUUGUUUAUUGCUUUCCUUGUCUUCCUUUGCUUGUUCUUGUAGCGCCUUCUUUCUGAAUCUAAAAAAUCUUGAGGUAAAUUUUCAAAAUGGCUCCGUGUAAUCACAAAAGAAAUGAGGAAGUCAGCUGUGACAGUUGCUAUGAUGAUGUUAAAAUUAUAAAGAAAAUAUUGCCGACGAAUUAUAAAGAAGUGAGCUGUAAUAAUUGCCAUGAUGUUAUAAAAAAAAUAAAGGAAAAGUUACGAACGAAGUAUAAUGUAGAAUUCACCAAUAACAAAAUGGCUACCCAUGUCGCCCCCCUCAAUCUGUUUAAUCUCAACACAGACAUGGCUGUACUGAAAGACAUUCCUGAUCAGUUGAAUGAGAAUAGAAUUGAGGAAAUUCACAAAAAAACACAAGAUGAAAUAGACAAACCAAGUUCCUACUAUUCAAAGAGAGCUAUUUCUGAUGAAAAUGCAAGAAAUCAAGAACUUUUUGAUGUUAUGAAAUAUGAAGUUAAUCGACUGAACUCUUUUACAGGAAAAUGGCCAUUAUGUUUUAUAAAACCGAAAGACUUGGCGCAUAAUGGAUUCUUCUAUUUACAGUCAGAAGACAAGGUGCAGUGUGCAUUUUGUAAUGUAAUAAUUGAUGAUUGGAAUGUUGGUGAUAAACCUGUGAAAAAACACAUGAUGAAGAAUCCCAAGUGUGAAUUUUUGAUGACUGCAGAUGCUGGGAAUGUACCAUUUUCUAAACCUAAACCAGUUGCCAAAAAUGUAAGUAAGUGCAUACCAAGUGAUAAAGCUAGGAACUCUCUGCCGCACAAGCCAAGAUAUCCACGAAUGUCGGAUCUAAAGAAUAGACUCUUAUCAUUCAGAGACUGGCCUCUUCUUAUGCUCAGUUCUCGACAGCUUGCAGAAUGUGGGCUGUUUUACACAGGUGUGGGAGAUGCUGUUACAUGCUUUUAUUGUGGAGGUUCUCUUGGCAAUUGGGAACUAAAUGAUGAUCCAUGGGUUGAACAUGAAAAAUUCUAUCCAGAUUGUGGAUUUUUAAGUCUAGUCAAAACUUGUAGCAAACCAGCCCCAAGUUUUAUACCAGCGAAUCAUGUUUUUGUUAAAUCAAAUAGUGCAUCUGUAAGACCAUCUGUUGUUUUGGAAAACUCUGUACCAAAUGAAGUUAUUCGACAAGCGUCUGAAAUUUUCCCUGAAUUUUUGGUGCAAGAAGUUGCAAUUCAGCAUUUCCGAAAAACUAACAAACACUUUACUUCUUUACAUGACUUAUGCGAGGCCAUUCUACAAUAUAAAGAACAGGAACAAUCUGCACUGUCUCCUUUGAAUGACUCAAAGAAAGCAGUUUCAGGAGAUGUAACAAGUAAUAAAGCUCCCGCUGAAAAUCCGAAUAACAUUAAAUUAAUCUGCAAAAUAUGUUUGGAUGAAGAGAUCAACACAGUUUUUGAACCAUGCCAUCACCAAGUUGCUUGCGACAAAUGCGCUCAGAAGGUUACUAAAUGCCCGUUGUGCCGCAGCAUUAUAACGAACAGAAUUAAGGUAUUCUGGGGUUGAUCCUGAAUGAAACAAAUCAUCAGAAACUGGCUGUGAUAUCUUAACUGGGAAGGAAUGAACCUACUCAGUUUCUUUUUAAAUUUUCUAACAUAAAAUAUUUUGUGCAUAUAAAGAAAAAAAAAAUCUAGUUCAUGGGAGGCUUAUGAUAUAGUAAAAAUUAAAAACCUUUGAUAAUAUUUGACAGUUAACAAUGAUUCAGGUGUAUAAGUUGUGAAAUUUUCAAUUUUUAGAAUACAUACUUGGAAAUUUUGUGGGAUAAAAAUAAUUUUUUUAAAAAUGGAAUUAAACUUUUUUGCUGAAAUUCAGGCCUUUUUAGUGCUUUUUUUGAAUUGUGAAGAAUAAGGUUUAAAAACUGCUAAAUUUACCUUGUGCAAAUUUUGUGAAAGUCUUUCUCCUCUGACCUACAACUUUGAUAAUAGUUGUGCCAUAAAGCUCAAGUUUGAGUUGUAUUGCAAAGCUAUAGAUGUUUUUGAAAAUAAUUCUGUUAAGGGAAGAGGAGAAAGACCAAAAUUAUCUAAAGGUAAAUUAAGCAUUUCUUUAUAAAAUUUUAUUUUAACUUUCUAAUAACAUGUAGUUAGCAAUGCAUAUUUCUAAAUAAGUAUUAACUUUUACAGCCUUCCAUGAUAAUGAGUAUUUUACAGCUAAAUCUUUAACAAAACAAUUUGAUAUUUAUAUAUAGCAUAGAUGUUAUAUAGGAUGCAUGUCUUGGUCGUUAUUU